CCUAAUUCGUAUACUACAGUAGUAACCUUGAACAUGAUUGUAAGGUUUUAUGAAAUUUUAAAGAGUUGGUUAAUUUCUUAAUUGUGUGUUUGUUUGUGUUGAAAAUGCAUAAUAAACGACGAACUAGUCACACAGCAAAUUUGAAUUUUCGCCCUACUAACAAUGACAUAAAUAUAGAUCAAAAGGGCACGAAACCUACCAGUGAACCCACAUCUAUUGGAGAAAUAUUUACCUUAAUGGUUUUAUAUGUCUGCAAAAAGUCUCUGUUUUUUAACACAAAUAUAAAAAUUGCAAUUUAUUUAGGAAGCCUUUUUCUAGUAUCCUUAAUAGCUGAUGUGAUACCAAUACCUAAAAUGUAUCUAUCAAGAUCUGAUAAUAUUUUCAAUAAGUACCUUGUAAAAUUUGCUUGGGGAUGGAAUCUAAUAUUGUUGAUACCAUUUGUGUUUUUUACAUCUUUAAUUUAUUGCUGUGGACAAGUCCAAAUGAUCGUAAAACACCAUUUACUAAGAAUCGGAAUAGCAACUUUUUUUUGGUGGUUUUGGACAACACUUUUUAAUUACGUUGAAGCAUCCUAUGGAAAAUGUGGAAACUUAAACUAUUUUACAAAAGGUAAAUGUUUACAAGCAGGACAUUUAUGGAACGGUUUUGAUCUGUCUGGUCAUUCUUUUAUAUUAAUUUAUGGCAGCUUGCUUAUCAUAGAAGAAACGAGAAGUAUUCAAAAUUGGGAUGGAAUUCGAGAAUUCCUACGUUUAGAAGAACACUACAGGAUGUCAAAAGAAACUGAAUUUAAUUCCAAUCCGCUCCGGUUUCUUACCGAUAAUGAACUAAAGAAAAUAAAGUUUUAUUAUAAAAAAUACACACCGUACAUCAGAGGUUUAGUUAUUGUGAUAUGCAUAUUCCAAAUUAUAUGGGAUAUUAUGUUAAUAUGUACAAUGCUAUAUUACCAUGUAAUGAUUGAAAAGUUCUUAGGAGGAGUUUCUGCCAUACUUACUUGGUUCGUCACUUAUCGCUUGUGGUAUUCACAUCCGAAACUAUUACCCAAACUACCCGGAGAAGGAAUCUUCAGAUAUCAAGAAAUGGAGGUUGAAGAAAAUUCUACAGUACGCAAUGAUCGUGAAACUGUUUCUGGCAUAAUGGAUGUAGAUGAAACACAAAAAAGUUUAAAACAUGAAGAUAAUGUGCUCGAUGUAAACCAAAAUGUAUAUAAUGUUCCUGGCGUGAUAAUGGAUGUAGAUGAAACACAAAAAAGUUUAGAACACGAAGACAAUGUGCUUGAUGUGAACCAAAAUGUAAAUAAUUCAAUUAGUAAUGCACAUACUCUGACAGAUCCGAAUGGUUCAACACAUAGGCAGCUGGAUUCUAUUGAUAAUGAAUCUAUAGUACAAACGGAACUGACGGGUCCAGUUUUAACCAACAGAAAUUGUUAUUUAGAUACUGAUGGUGAAGUAAAAAAAUCACUAAACAAAAGAUACCGGAACCAAAAGUGAAAAAAAACCGAAUGGUAUUCCAGACGAAAAAAACAGGCUUUAACCCUUUCGCUGCGCAAUAUGUCUGAACGUAGCUACCGCGCCAUGCGCGAAAGUUUAU